UCCAUCCACAUGUUCUGACACACGAACGGACGCAGCAAAAUGCUCUUACACCCUUCAAUAUACCCUCUCCGUGGUAUCUUAUAUUUCGUGACGCACCCCACACUUUGGCUCCGGGUGAUAUGCGCCCUCAUAAUAGCCCUUCUCUUUGCGGUGGGAUCUACAGUCGUCUUCUUCGUUUUUACGCUGAAGCCGCAGGCGCACGCCUUAGAUAGUUUUAUGCCAGAAUGGUUGGCUUGGAUACUCGCGGUAUUUCUGGUGCUGGUGGAAAUUUUCGCGGCGAGUCUGUUGUUUUUGGCGAUAGCUUUACCAACAGUCGCCGAUCAGUUGUUUGACGAUGUUGUAAGCAUGGUGACAGGUUGUCCUGCCGGAGAGGGGAGCUGCGCAAGGGGAUGCUGGUUGGGAUGUGCACAUGCUGGCGUCUGGAUAAUGUACUUGGUUGUCGCGCGGUUGUUUCUGCUGGUGGUGACGGCACCUUUACACCUGUUGCCAAUAUUUGGGACGAUCCUAUUCCUUCUCUUGAAUGGUUAUUUGGCUGCGUGGGCACUUCAUUUGCAUUGGUUUGAUUUGAGAGGAUUUGGAUUCACGGCUGGGAAAAAAUUCGUCAGAAGCCAUCGACAGGCGUAUACGAGCUUCGGAUCAGUAGCUGUUCUGCUAGAAAUGGUACCCAUAAUUGGGAUGCUCUUCAUGUUUACGAAUAUUGUGGGGUCCGCAUUAUGGGCAAUAGAUAUGGAAAGGUCUGGGAUUAUGCCGGCUCUAGCCGUCGAAUCGUCUGAAGUAUAGAUGCUGUGCUGGCAAUUGUUAUAUUUUACAUGCGUCAUCUAUUCAAUCUUCUUGGUCCGGUAAAGGGCAAUGUACGCUGGAAAGGCGAGAGCCGACCAUUAGAUCUUUUUC